AUGGGUGACUGGAACUUUCUGGGGAGACUAUUAGAGAAUGCGCAAGAGCACUCCACAGUUAUUGGCAAAGUUUGGCUGACGGUACUGUUUAUCUUCAGGAUCCUGGUGCUGGGGGCUGCAGCUGAGGAGGUUUGGGGAGAUGAGCAAUCAGACUUUACAUGCAACACACAGCAACCUGGUUGUGAAAAUGUCUGCUAUGAUGAAGCCUUCCCCAUCUCUCAUAUUCGUUUCUGGGUGCUGCAGAUCAUUUUUGUUUCCACCCCAACUCUCAUCUACCUGGGUCAUGUUCUUCACAUUGUGCGCAUGGAGGAAAAGAAGAAAGAGAAGGAAGAACAGAUGAGACAAACAGGAAAUUCCAGCCACUUACAGGGAUCCAAAGGGGAAGUGGGCAAUGGGGAUAACAGCAACAAAGAGUCACCUCCCCAAAAAGAUGAAAAAUUACCACUCCGGGAUGAGCGUGGGAAGAUUCGCAUGGCAGGUGCCCUGCUACGCACCUAUGUUUUCAAUAUUAUCUUUAAAACUCUCUUUGAGGUUGCCUUUAUUGUGGGCCAAUACUUCCUAUAUGGUUUUCAGCUGAAGCCACUCUAUCGCUGUGGCCGUUGGCCCUGCCCAAACAUGGUGGAUUGCUUUAUUUCACGACCCACAGAGAAGACAGUUUUCAUUGUCUUCAUGCUGGCUGUGGCCUGUCUUUCACUGUUGCUCAACAUGUUUGAAAUGUACCACUUGGGAUGGAAGAAGUUCAAGCAAGGCAUGACCAGCAGACCCAUCCAAGCAGCACCUGCCUUCACUACCAUUGCAGCUAUAACCUCAGAAGUGGAAGACUCCAAACCUGUCUCUCUGUCAGCAUUGCCUCCAACUGCAGAAGCUCCUGUUGCUUCAGUCACUAUGCCUGAAACUCGUGCCAUCACCCCACUGACUUUUCCACAAACUGAGUUGCCACAUUAUGCUGAGGCUACCGCUAGGCCACCUCAACCAGUCUCUGGUUCAACCUCUUUGGCUGGAUAUCCAGCUGGAGAGGAGAGGCUCAAACCCAUCAGGCACACUGCGGUCUCCACCCCUAUAACAACAACAUCUUCCAUGCCUUCACCUUCACCGGUUGUCACCUCCUACUUCAACAACCAUGCACUGGCUCAUGAGCAGAACUGGGCCAAUUUGGCAGUUGAGCAGCAGAGAAAAAUGCCUGUCUCUAGCUCAGUUGCCUCUUCUACCCCUAGCAGUUUCCAACAAUCACAUCCGGAACAAGAAGAACCCAGUGAGCACCAUCUACCUCCACCAUCUCUCUCACCCGUAGCUGCUGCCAACAGCAGUAGCAUGAGUACCAGCCUGAGUGAGGGAAGUGGCAGCAAAUGGGGUGGAGAAGGUGAAGAUGAAGACAGGCCCAUGUCAGCAACCUGCACUCUGGUGGAGAUGCAUGAUCCACCGCUGCUCAUAGACACACGUCGCUUGAGCAGGGCUAGUAAGUCUAGCAGCAGUAGAGCCAGAUCAGAUGACUUGACCGUGUAA